AGGCUACAGUGUGGCGUGUUUCCGCCAUGUAAAGUGAAAAGGAGGAUUAAAAACUUAAAAUUGAGAGGAGAUGUUUGGAUUUCUGGAAGUUUAAUGAGCAGAUGGAACUGAAAACCUUUUCAGGAAAGCAAAUUUAGAGUCCGCGGCUCGCCAGGAAGCUGCUUAGUGUUGAUAUUUUAGCGUCUGAAAAUAGAUCCCAGGCUGCAACAUGGGGCGAAAGAAACCAGGCAAGUUUGUGCGACCGGACAGCAAAGGCAAAGAUAAACGGCACAAAAUGAAGGGAAAAUCACUGGAGACGUUCACUGAAGAAAUGCACUCUGCUUUGGAAGCCAGCCUCCACCCAGAGGAGGGAGCGGACGCUCCGCAGGUGAAGCUGCCGUGUCCCCUCGCCAUGUGGGAGUUGGGUCACUGCGAUCCCAAACGCUGCACCGGCAGAAAGCUGGUACGGAAAGGCUUCGUACGCAACCUGCGCCUCAACCAGCGGUUCAGCGGACUCAUCCUGAGUCCCAUGGGAACCAAGUAUGUGACACCAGCAGACAGAGAGAUUGUGGCUCAGAAUGGCCUGGCUGUGAUUGACUGCUCCUGGGCCAAACUGGACGAGACGCCGUUCAGUAAGAUGGUGGGCAGCCACCCCAGGCUGCUGCCGUACCUCGUCGCCGCAAACCCAGUCAACUACGGCAAGCCCUGCAAACUGUCCUGUGUGGAGGCGUUCGCCGCCACGUUCGCCAUCGUCGGGUUUGAGGAACUGGCGGUUCUCCUGCUGAAGAAAUUCAAGUGGGGGACGGUGUUUCUUGAACUCAACAGAGUUCUUCUUGACCGCUACGCUGCGUGUCGCUCUGAGGAAGAGCUGCUGUCUGUGGAGAAGGAGUUUCUCACGUCCAAACCGGAAGAAGAGGAGUUUGACCCAUUUGAUGUUAACUCUGGAGUGGAGUGUAGAAAUCUCAACAGACCUCUGAGUGUCGCUGAAGAUGAUGAUUCCAGUGAAGACAGCGACGCAUCAGAAGAUAACGAAGAGCCUGACAACACAAAACUCAACGGGUCGACACUUUCACAGCAUCAAGAUGAAGAAGACCAAUAACGUUCUCCAGAAAAGACGAGAAAAUCUCCUCAUUUUUAUUUGUAUAGUACAUUUGGAAUACUGUAAAUAAAUUAAAUUAAAGAUACAAUAAUUUUCAAACCAUGAA